AUGUACCCGGAAUUGAUAGAGCAAUGCAAUCUUCUUGGUUACUCAAUGAAGCCGAGAAAUGACUCUUAUUGCAAUGGCUACAAUCCUGGAUGGAGGAACAAUCCUAAUGUUGGAUGGGGUGGAAAUCAAAACCGUGAGCAAGGUCAAGGUUUCCAAAGGCCUAGUGGGGGCUAUCAAGGUGCAAGCUCCUCAAACUACAACAAUCAAGGAGGAAACAAUGCCUAUCAUGCUCCAAGACCACCAUAUCAAGCACCACCUCAACAUCCUCUACCCCUACACCAACCCCAAGUGCCUAAUCAAGAAGCAAGGAAGACACCUACUCUUGAAGAAAUGAUGGCGGCCUUUGUUGGGAAUCAAGCAAAGCAAGAUGAGAAGAUCAAUAUCCUUACCCAAGGUAUGAGCAAGCUUGAGGUACAAAUGGGGCAAUUAGCUAAUGAGCUAAGUCAAAGGAAGCAAGGUGUGUUCCCAAGCCAAGUGGAGAAUAAUCGAAGACAUGAAGCCAAGGCCAUUACUACAUUGAGAAGUGGUAGACAAGUGGAGAACAAUGUGUACAUGCCUACUAAUAAAGAAGAUGUCAUUCCAAGGGUGCCACCCGGUUUUGAAAAGAGAUCAAAGGAUAAAGCAAGUGAGUUGGCACAUGGAGAAGUCAUCUUGGGUUUUAAUGAUGGUGAAGAAGAAGCUUUGAAGGAGAAAAUGAAUGCAUAUGAGAAGGACAAGCCUUUGGGUUUGAGAGUAGCUUUGGAAGAAGAUGAAGUCCAAGAGGACGCCUUGAAGAACAAAUUUGAUGCCAAGGCCGGAACUAAUGACAAAGAAGCCUCUACAUCUACUUCAAAUGAAACUUCAUUCAAAAGAGGUAUCAAAUUCAAUCCUCCUAUGAAGAUAGUUCAAGAGAAAGAAGUUCCUCUUCCUUAUCCUCAAUUUCAAAGAAAUGAUGCAUUGAAACAAAAGAAUGAGAAGGUGAAGAAGGAGUUUCUUGACUUAUUUAGGAAGGUGGAGAUUAACAUCCCUCUCUUGGAUGCAAUCAAAACCAUUCCUUCAUAUGCCAAGUUUCUCAAGGAGCUUUGUACUCACAAGAGGAAGUUUGAGAAGAAUGAGAAAGUAUGCUUAAGUGAAGAAGUUAAUGACAUGAAGCCUAGGAGGGAUUCUCAAAGGAGGCUUAAUGUUAUAAUGCAAGAAGUUGUGAGGAAGGAAAUCAUGAAGUUGCUUGAUGUUGGUGUUAUCUACCCUAUUUCCGAUUCCAAGUGGGUAUCACAGGUUCAUGUGGUUUCCAAGAAGAGUGGCAUGACGGUUGUUGCCAAUGGCAAAGGAGAUCUUGUCCCACAAAGAGUAGCAAGCGGAUGGAGAGUGUGUAUUGACUACCGGAAGCUUAAUAAUGCCACAAAGAAAGAUCAUUUUCCAUUGCCAUUCAUUGAUCAAAUGCUAGAGAGACUUGCCAGCCAUGAGUAUUAUUGCUUUCUUGAUGGGUAUAGUGGCUACAACCAAAUCCCCAUAGCACCGGAGGAUCAAGAGAAGACCACAUUCACUUGUCCAUAUGGCACAUUUGCUUAUAGGAGAAUGCCAUUUGGUUUGUGCAAUGCACCGGCAACUUUCCAAAGGUGCAUGAUUACCAUUUUUAGUGAUAUGGUGGAGAAGUUUAUUGAGGUGUUCAUGGAUGAUUUUAGUGUGUUUGGGGAUUCAUUUAACCAAUGCCUUCACCAUUUGGAGCUUGUGCUUCAAAAAUGUGAGGAGAGCAACCUAGUCUUGAAUUGGGAGAAGUGUCACUUUAUGGUGAAUGAAGGAAUUGUUCUUGGGUAUGUGGUUAGUGCUAGAGGGAUAGAAGUUGACAAGGCCAAAGUGGAUGUCAUCUCCAAGCUCCCACCUCCACACAAUGUCAAAGGAAUUAGAAGUUUUCUUGGACAUGCCGGUUUUUAUAGAAGAUACAUCAAAGAUUUUUCCAAGAUCUCCAAGCCCCUUUGUGAUUUGCUAGCCAAAGAUGCAUCUUUUAUGUUUGAUGAGCAUUGUAUGGAAGCAUUUGAGAAAAUAAAGGAAAUGCUCACUCAAGCUCCUAUCAUGAUGGCACCGGAUUGGUCUCUUCCAUUUGAGUUGAUGUGUGAUGCUUCGGAUUAUGCUAUGGGAGCGGUCUUGGCUCAAAAGAAGGAUAAGGUACUUCGUGCUAUUUACUAUGCUAGCCGCACUUUGAAUGAUGCACAAAUUAACUACACCACAACGGAGAAGGAACUUCUAGCAAUUAUCUUUGCUCUUGAGAAGUUUAGAAGCUAUUUGCUUGGUACCAAGGUUGUUGUGCACACGGAUCAUAGUGCUUUGAAGUAUCUAUUAUCAAAGAAGGAGGUUAAGCCAAGGUUGAUAAGGUGGAUCUUGUUGUUGCAAGAGUUUGAUAUUGAGAUCAAGGACAAGCCGGGGAAGGAGAACCAAGUGGCAGAUCAUUUGUCAAGGUUGAUUGAGGGAGGUGAUGACUCAUCCAUUCCUUUGAAAGAUACUUUUCCGGAUGAGCAAUUAUUUAACAUCAAUGUUAAGGAGCUCCCAUGGUUUGCUAAUCUGGUGAACUACCAUGCAAGUGAGGGGAAGAACUGCAUUCCAAGUGAGCUUGAUUAUCAAGGAAGAAAGAGGUUCCUCAAGGAAGCACACCAUUACUUGUGGGAUGACCCCUAUUUGUUCAAGUUCGGCAUGGAUCAAAUAUUGAGAAGAUGCAUACCUCAAGAGGAAACUAGUGUUCAAGUUGAAAUCUCAAACCGAGAGGUCAAGUGCAUUUUAGAGAAGGUUGUGGGGAUUACAAGGAAAGAUUGGAGCACCAAGCUUGGAGAUGCAUUAUGGGCUUACCGGACCGCAUACAAGACUCCACUUGAUAUGUCACCUUAUCAGUUGGUGUAUGGUAAGGCAUGUCACUUGCCGGUGGAAUUGGAGCACAAAGCAAGUUGGGCAAUCAAAAAGCUCAAUUUUGAUCUUGACAAAGCGGGAGAGAAGAGGAAGCUUGACUUAUGUGAGCUUGAUGAAAUCCGGAUGGAGGCAUAUGAGAAUGCCAAGUUGUAUAAGGAAAGAAGCAAGCUCUACCAUGACAAGAAGUUGGUGAAGAAGCAAUUCUACGAGGGACAAGUUGUUCUUCUUUACAACUCAAAACUCAAAUUGUUUCCCGGAAAGCUUAGAUCAAGGUGGAGUGGCCCCUUUAAAGUGGUGCAAGUCUUUCCCCAUGGUGCGAUAGAGAUCAAGAAUUUAGGAGAUGGGAGCAUUUUCAAGGUCAAUGGCCACCGGUUGAAGCCAUAUUUGCUAGCAAGUGUGGGAGAUGAAAAGGAGGCCCUUUACUUCAUGGAUGCUCCACUUGUUCCUCUUCAUUGA